AUAAUAAAAAUCAAAUCUUAUUUAAUUGUAUCUUCUUCGAAUCUCGAACUCACACCGUAUAUAUUUUCUAUAUCUUCGAAUCUCUGCAACGAAAUCCGGACUGAAGAAGGGAAGUCAUGGUCGAGACCAGGCGAAGUUCAGCUGCAUCGAAGCGUACUCUCUCUCCUUCGGGCACUUCUCCUCCACAGAAAGGCAAACGCUCAAAGGUGACGGAGGCAUCUUCGACAACAAAUGAGGUUUCUUGUGCUUCGCCGGUGGAAACACUGGGCUCGCCCAUAGACUCAGGUUCUGAAUCUCAUUGCCCGGAAGUUCGCCCCUCUGAUCCUUCGUCUGCACCUGAUCAUUCCAAGGAAUUCGAUGCAUGUGAUGCAACUGUCAUAAAAAAAUCCCCAGAUUUGGGGGGGGAAUACGAAGUUUUGGCUUCAUCUUCAGCUUUAGACGGUUUGGCGCCAGAGGUUGACAAGUCGGUGAAGUUAGUUGGCCCGGCUUUGAAUCGAGGGAAGAAAGAGCCUAAAAAGGGUCGUGCAAAUGUUCCAUGGGGAAGGCUCAUCUCCCGGUUCUUGCAGAAGCAGCCCGUGCUCAUUUCGGAAUCUACUUUCACUGUUGGUCAUGACCGGAAUUGUGACUUACAGCUGACGGAUCCAUCUGUGAGUGCAGUUCUGUGUAAACUGAGGCACAUAGAGAAAAGAGGUUCAUCUGUUGCCUUACUAGAAAUCUCAGGGAGCAAGGGGGUUGUCCAAGUAAAUGGCAAUGUAUUUCGGAAAAAUUCCUCGACCAUCCUUAGUGGAGGGGAUGAGGUGGUUUUUAGUUCAUCUGCUAAACACACAUAUAUUUUCCAACUGCUCACUAAUGACAAUGUAGCUGCUACGCCUCUGCCAACUUCAGUUAGCAUUUCACAAUCUCAGAGUGCUUCAGUCAAAGGAAUCCAUCCUGGGACAAGGUCUGGAGACGCAUCGGCUGUUGCAGGAGCAUCAAUUUUAGCAUCUCUAUCAAAUAUCGGAAAAGAUCUAUCUCUUAGUCCAUCAUCUGCCCAUGAUGGGGAGGAUGUAGAACAACAGGAUGGGGAAAAGCCUACAGUACCUUCUGGGUGUGAAGAAUUGUACAGCCCUGUGUCGGACCUUGAUGUCAGUUGCCAUUCUGGGAAGGGUAGUCCUGAGCAUAAUGAGGAGGCUGCUGUUUUGUCGAGCGAGAAAGUUACAGCUGUUCUGUCUCCUGACCUUGCUGCCAAUGACUCCUUGCAUGUUGGUGACAUUGACUUGGAUGCUCGUCUUAACGCAGAGAUUGGAAAGAUUCGUCAGGCAAGCUAUGAACUAAGUCCGUUUUUGCGGAUGCUUGUGGGAAAAUCUGCUUCAGACUCUGAUUUGACUGGAAAUAUAUUGAAGACAUUUGAUGAGCAAAGGGAAAACAGAGAACUUCCUAAGGAUUUGGAUCAACCUACAAUUUCAUCCUCAGCUAGGCGCCAAGCAUUUAAGGAUAGUUUACAGCAAGGAAUUCUCAAUUCUAACAACAUUGAGGACUCCUUGGAUAAUUUCCCGUAUUAUUUAAGUGAGACCACAAAAAACAUUUUAAUUGCAUCAACAUAUAUACAUUUGAAGAGGAAUAAAUUCGUGAAUUUUACAUCAGAGCUCCCAACUGUGAGUCCAAGGGUGUUGUUGUCUGGCCCUGCAGGUUCUGAAAUAUAUCAAGAAACUUUGGCAAAGGCACUAGCCAAGCAUUUUGGUGCUAGGUUGCUCAUAGUUGAUUCUCUUCUGUUGCUUGGUGGACUAUCGUCAAAGGAAUCAGAAUCCUUAAAAGAAAGUUCGAGGUUUGAAAAAUCAUGCACAUUGGCUAAGCAACGGGCUACACAGGGUGAUGCCUUAGCACACAGGAAACCGGCUUCUAGUGUUGAAGCUGAUAUUGUUGGGACAUCUACACUUAGCUCCCAAUCUCUGCCAAAGCAGGAGGCAUCUACUGCAUCGUCUAAAAACUGCACAUUUAAAACAGGUGAUCGAGUAAGGUAUGUAAGUUCUACACCGUCAUCUGGGUUUUCUCUCCCAGCUCCUUCAAGGGGACCAAGUUAUGGUUUUCGACGCAAUGUAGGACUCAGUUUUGAAGAAAAUGGAUCAUCAAAAGUUGGAGUUAAAUUUGACAAAGCAAUCCCAGAAGCUGAUUCUCUUCGUUUAGACGGUUCGGGAGGUGAUGAUAUUGACAAUCUUGCCAUCAAUGAACUGUUUGAGGUGGCUUCUAGUGAGAGUCAAAGUGGUCCAUUGAUAUUGUUUGUUAAAGACAUAGAGAAGUCUAUGUCAGGAAACCCAGAGGCAUAUGUCAAUUUCAAGAGUAAGUUGGAAAAUCUGCCAGAGAAUGUAGUUGUCAUUGGCUCUCAUGCUCAGAUGGACAAUCGUAAGGAGAAGUCACACCCUGGUGGUCUUCUGUUUACAAAGUUUGGAAGCAAUCAAACCGCACUGCUCGACUUUGCUUUUCCGGAUAACUUUGGUAAGCUACAUGAGAGAAGCAAAGACAUUCCAAAGGUGAUGAAGCAACUAAGUCGACUUUUCCCAAACAAAGUGACCAUUCAGCCUCCACAAGAUGAAGCCCUACUCUUGGAUUGGAAACAGAAAUUGGAUCGUGAUGUUGAAACUCUGAAAGCACAGUCAAACAUUGUUAGCAUUCAUUCAGUUUUAAACCGAAAUAGGUUGAAGUGCCCUGACCUUGAAACACUCUGCAUAAAAGAUCAGGCCCUCACAAGUGAAAAUGUGGAAAAGAUAGUCGGUUGGGCAUUAAGUUAUCAACUUAUGCACGGCGCUGAAGCUUUGACCAAAGAUGCUAAACUUGUAAUUUCCAGUGAAAGCAUUAGGUACGGGCUCGAAAUUCUCCAGGGUAUUCUUAACGAGUCUAAGAGUCUGAAGAAAUCACUUAAGGAUGUGGUCACUGAGAAUGAAUUCGAAAAGAGACUUCUUGCUGAUGUUAUCCCAGCAAAUGAUAUUGGAGUGACUUUUGAAGACAUUGGAGCAUUGGAAAAUGUAAAGAACACAUUGAAGGAAUUGGUGAUGCUUCCUUUGCAAAGACCAGAACUGUUUUGCAAAGGGCAGCUGACAAAGCCUUGCAAGGGAAUACUGCUGUUUGGACCUCCUGGUACGGGGAAAACAAUGCUUGCAAAAGCUGUUGCGACUGAGGCAGGUGCAAAUUUUAUCAACAUAUCUAUGUCAAGUAUUACUUCAAAGUGGUUUGGUGAAGGAGAAAAGUUUGUGAAAGCAGUGUUCUCACUAGCCAGUAAAAUUGCUCCUAGUGUUGUUUUUGUUGACGAGGUUGAUAGUAUGUUAGGGAGACGUGAAAAUCCAGGAGAGCAUGAAGCUAUGCGGAAAAUGAAAAAUGAGUUCAUGGUAAAUUGGGAUGGUUUGCGUACGAAGGACAAAGAACGUGUAUUGGUACUUGCUGCAACUAAUAGGCCUUUUGACCUUGAUGAGGCAGUUAUAAGGAGGCUCCCUCGCAGGUUGAUGGUAAACUUGCCAGAUGCCUCCAAUAGAGAAAAGAUUCUGAGAGUCAUAUUGGCAAGGGAAGAAAUCGCACCUGAUGUUGAUUUGGCAGUACUUGCAAAUAUCACUGAUGGAUAUUCUGGAAGUGACUUAAAGAAUUUGUGUGUUGCGGCAGCACACUGCCCCAUCAGGGAUAUUUUAGAGAAAGAAAAGAAGGAGAAAGCUUUAGCAUUGGCAGAGAACAGACCUUUCCCUGCACUCCAUAGCAGUUCAGACAUUCGUUCUUUAAGCAUGGAGGAUCUGAGAUACGCACAUGAACAGGUAUGUGCCAGUGUGUCAUCAGAGUCUGCAAAUAUGAAUGAACUUCUCCAGUGGAAUGAGCUGUAUGGUGAAGGCGGGUCUAGGAAGAAGAAAUCUCUCAGCUACUUUAUGUAGAGGAGGGAUACUAAUUUGUUGUAUAGUCCAAUGUUUGCUUCCUUUUUUCCUGUUAAAAUCCCUUGAGAUUAGGAAUUGAUAUUGAUGGGUAUUCCAUCACAGGUUCUCAUGUAUUAUAUGAUUGAUGUUGUAUUGCUCCAAUAUCCAUAAGAGUAUUUACUUGAUCUGGUGGAAGGCAGUGGCCUAAAUGAGCUUCCUUCUAGGCUGCUGUCCUUUUUUGUUGUACAUAUAAAAAUACAAUUGAAUGAAUGGAAUAAGCUUCUUCAAAUUUCUAUCUU